AUCCAGGCUAUGGGCAUCAAGACAGCGUUGCCCGCGGCGGAGCUGGGCUUAUACUCCCUGGUGCUGAGUGGGGCUCUGGCCUAUGCUGGUCGGGGUCUCCUUGAAGCUUCACAAGAUGGGGCCCACAGGAAGGCUUUCCGGGAGUCUGUGAGACCUGGCUGGGAGUACAUUGGCCGGAAGAUGGACGUGGCUGACUUCGAGUGGGUGAUGUGGUUCACCUCCUUCCGAAACAUCAUCGUCUUCGCCCUUUCUGGACAUGUGCUGUUUGCUAAACUCUGCACGAUGGUUGCCCCCCAGCUCCGCUCCUGGAUGUAUGCCGUGUAUGGGGCCCUGGCUGUGCUGGGCACGAUGGGCCCUUGGUACCUGGGGCUGCUGCUUGCCCACUGUGUCAGCCUCUAUGUGGCCUCACUCUUGGGCCAGCCCUGGCUCUGUCUUGGCCUCGGCCUGGCCAGCCUUGCCUCCUUCAAGCUGGAUCCCCUCAUCUCCUGGCAGAGCGGGUUUGUAACAGGCACUUUUGAUCUUCAAGAGGUGCUGUUUCACGGGGGCAGCGGUUUCACCGUGCUGCGUUGUACCAGCUUUGCGCUGGAGAGCUGUGCCCACCCUGACCGCCGCUACUCCCUAGGUGACCUGCUCAAGUACAACUUCUACCUGCCUUUCUUCUUCUUCGGGCCCAUCAUGACCUUUGAUCGCUUCCACGCUCAGAUGAGCCAGGUGGAGCCGGUGAGGCGCGAGGGUGAGCUGUGGCGCAUCCGGGCCCAGGCCGGCCUCAGCGUCGUGGCCAUCAUGGCCGUGGACAUCUUCUUCCACUUCUUUUACAUCCUCACCAUCCCCAGUGACCUCAAGUUUGCCAACCGCCUCCUGGACAGCGCCCUCGCUGUCCUAGCCUACUCAAACCUGGUGUACGACUGGGUGAAGGCAGCCGUCCUCUUCGGCGUGGUCAACACAGUGGCGCGCCUUGACCACUUGGACCCUCCCCAGCCUCCUAAGUGCAUCACCGCGCUCUAUGUCUUCGCCGAAACGCACUUUGACCGUGGCAUCAACGACUGGCUUUGCAAGUAUGUGUAUGACCACAUUGGUGGGGAGCACUCCGAGGUGAUUCCAGAGCUGGGGGCCACCGUGGCCACCUUUGCCAUCACUACUCUGUGGCUUGGACCUUGUGAUAUUGUUUACCUGUGGUCAUUCCUUAACUGCUUUGGCCUCAACUUUGAACUCUGGGUGCAGAAGCUGGCAGAGUGGGGGCCCCUAGCACAGAUUGAGGCCUCUCUGUCAGAGCAGAUGUCUCGCAGGGUCCGGGCCCUCUUUGGGGCCAUGAACUUCUGGGCCAUCAUCAUGUACAACCUUGUAAGCCUGAACAGUCUUGAGUUCACAGAGCUGGUUGCCAGGCGCCUGCUACUCACAGGGUUCCCCCCGACCACUCUGGCCGUCCUAUUUGUCACCUACUGUGGUGUCCAGCUGGUGAAGGAGCGAGAGCGAACCCUGGCCCUAGAGGAGGAGCAGAAGCGGGACAAAGAGAAGCCGGAGUAG